AUGAAGGGCGAGGUCCUUCACCUUCACUUGGGCCAGGCUGGUACCCAGCUCGGUAACAGCGCAUGGGAGCUGUACCUCCUCGAGCAUGGCCUCGGAGCUGAUGGUCGCCCUGACCCCAACGCAAAGGACGUCGCCGAUGCUGGUGGCUCUUUCGAGACUUUCUUCACCGAGACCAGCAAUGGCAAAUACGUGCCCCGCUCCCUCUUCGUCGAUCUCGACCCAUCCCCCAUUGAUGAGAUCCGUACUGGUGGUUACAGACAGCUCUUCCAUCCUGAGCUCCUCAUCAGCGGCAAGGAGGAUGCUGCCAACAACUAUGCUCGUGGUCAUUACACUAUCGGCAAGGAGAUGGUCGACAAUGUCAUUGAUCGUAUCCGUCGUGUUGCUGACAACUGCAGCUCUCUGCAGGGUUUCCUGAUCUUCCACUCCUUCGGCGGUGGCACUGGUUCCGGUUUUGGAGCUCUUCUCCUCGAGCGCCUGUCUACCGAGUAUGGCAAGAAGUGCAAGCUCGAGUUCGCCGUGUACCCUGCCCCUCGUGUAUCUACUGCUGUCGUUGAGCCGUACAAUGCUGUGCUUUCCACCCACAGCACCAUCGAGAACUCCGACUGCACAUUCCUGGUCGACAACGAGGCUGUGUACGACAUCUGCCGCCGUAACUUGGACAUUCCUCGUCCCGACUAUGAGCACCUGAACCGUCUUAUCGCCCAGGUCGUCAGCUCUAUCACCUCGUCUCUGCGUUUCGAUGGUGCUCUGAACGUCGACCUGAACGAGUUCCAGACCAACUUGGUGCCUUACCCCCGUAUCCACUACCCCUUGAUCAGCUAUGCCCCUGUCAUCUCUGCUUCCAAGAGUGCUCAUGAGAGCUUCAAGGUCCACGACCUGACCUUCCAAUGCUUCGAGCCCAACAACCAGAUGGUUGUCUGCGACCCGCGCAAUGGCAAGUACAUGGCCGUAGCCCUGCUCUACCGUGGCGAUGUCGUUCCCCGUGACUGCAACGCCGCCGUUGCCGCUCUCAAGGCCAAGGCUUCCUUCAACCUCGUCGAGUGGUGCCCGACCGGAUUCAAGAUCGGUAUCAACUACCAGAAGCCGGUCGCCGUGCCUACCGCCUCACCCGCCGACGGCGGCCUGGCGUCCGUCGACCGCUCCGUGUCCAUGCUGUCCAAUACCACGGCCAUCGCCGAGGCCUGGUCCCGCCUGGACCACAAGUUCGACCUCAUGUACAGCAAGCGCGCGUUCGUGCACUGGUACGUGGGCGAGGGCAUGGAGGAGGGCGAGUUCAGCGAGGCCCGCGAGGACCUGGCUGCCCUCGAGAAGGACUACGAGGAGGUCGCUGCCGACUCGUACGAGCCCGAUGCCGAGGAGGCUGAGUACUGA